AGGUCUGGAACGAGAUGUAGUAUAACGAGAUGUAGUAUAUGUUUGUUGAGCAUUUCUCUCAUCCGAGCACCAGUGGUCUAGUGGUAGAAUAGUACCCUGCCACGGUACAGACCCGGGUUCGAUUCCCGGCUGGUGCAAUUUUUUUUCUUUCGUUUUCUAUCAUUCUCCUGUGGACGGCGAUGCCCAAAUCAGCUUUGGUUUGUGUUUAGCAGUCCAUUUUUCUGUUUUUACGUCAUGUGCUCGUUGUAUUUUUCUGUUUAUUUGUUCAGAUGGUCAUCACUGUAAUGUGUGAUCUUGCCACAAUCUCUUGGUUUAAUGGAAAUUUCAGGAAAUAAAAGUCAACGAGUACCAGCUCAUAUCCACAUGGGAUUGGAUUAUCGAAAUGUAUAUGCAUGUUCCUGCAAAGAGUGCGGUGAUCGUGGCGGAGCAGGUUAAGCCGUACCUUGUUCCCGGCAAAACAAGAAACUCCUCGGAGAUUCCAGUGGUCAAACAGAGGUAAUUUCUUGGACGAAGCUUAUAUUUUGUGAAACUCUGAAUGUUGCAAUACGUCCAACAGACGAGGUACUACGUGCGCUAGCGGCAACUAAUCGCGUCAAACGACGCGUUUCCUUGGUCCAGUGAACAACUCACGGUCGUCCAGACUUUCUUGUCUAACUCCCUUUUACUAAUCACACGAUAAGAUCAGAUCACAAACAUAUUUUCAUAUAGUUUCAGUGCCGCACCCGUACUUGUAGUAUAUAUGCAAAUUAAACUUGGAAGACACACACAGGAAUCAGACAAUCAAGGAGCCAUGUACGCGACCAAGCCGCUCUCUCUCUUCAUGAGCCACCCGGAGGCGGCUUCCCGGCCGCCGCCGGACGGCCGAAACUCAGGCUACCUCGUCGUGAAGGGCGACGACGACGGGGGCGACGACGAGACGUGCUGCUGGGGGCAGUGCGGCGGGACGCGCGUGCGCGACCUCCCGUUCCCGCAGAACCGCGUGCUGACGCUCCGCUACACGGAGCACCACGGGCAGAGCAGCACCACCUACACCGACUCCGUCAUCUUCGUGCCCGUCCCCGACCAGCCCGUCGCCUCCAACCGCUACUACGCCGUCGUCGCCUCGGGCAAGCGCAAGGGGCUCGUCCGGACCUGCUCCCGCGAGGAGGACAUGACCCCGUGCUGCUUCUGCCGCUGCAUCAACGACGUCAAGCCGCAGCCGUUCGACCCCGCCGACCUCUACCAGCAGAUCGAGAUCGUCCAGCGCCGCCGCGGCCGGUUCACGGCCAAGGCCGUCGCCGCCGACGGCUUCCCCAACUACCUCUACCGCAAGAAGUACUGGCGCGUGUACGCCUCCAAGCCCACCAAGAACCGCCUCGACCUCGGCGACGCGCCGGGCCUCAACGUGGCGCUCCGGUCGCGCCAGCUCGCCGACGCGAGCCUCCUCGUCGCCUCCCCCGCGGCGACAGCGGUGUCGACGGCUGUGGGAAAAUGGUACUGCCCGUUCUAUCUCAUCAAAGAAGACGGCGUGUCCCCGUCGGAGCAGAUGGACCGCGCCGCCUUCUACGAGGUGGCGCUCGAGCAGCGCUGGGAGCCAGUCCAGCAGACAGAUAACGGCUCUAAGCUGUACAGCAGCAAGGUGCUCAUCGGCGGGAGCCUGGAGGCGAGGCAGGAGGUGUCCAGCGGCGCCUCGCGGCACGGUGACGGGUACGUGUGGUUCAGAGCCGCGGCCGGGCAGAGCGUGGGGGUGUGCGCGAGCGUGUGGGAGAGGCUGCGGUGGGAGGAGUACAGGGGCGGGUGGGUCGACGAGGAGGAGGAGGCCGAGAAGGUGGCCGGCCGGUCGGUGCUGGUGGAGAGGUUCGUCGUCAAGAGGAUGGACAGGACCGUCGUGGUGGCCUUUGACUUUGUGCAUCUCAACAAGGUCAGGGGGAAGCAGGCGUGAGACAUCACAGCAGACUGUACACCCGUCACAGAAUCUUCAGUUAGUAUUGUGUCAUAGCUAGGUAAAUAAAAUUGUGAGAUGCUAGGGGUAAGUAUUAAGGAUUUUGCUGCUCGUCACAUUUUCUGCCUCCUUUUGUUGGAGAAUUAUUUGUAUUUGUAUGUAAAUUAAGAUUUUUGUAUACCUAUUUAUUACAACAUGAUUUGAGCAAUGCUUCACCAACUCCACGACCUAUUAUGCCAUUAUGGUAUGAGAUGUUGCAAACCCAUGACUCCCAUAUGAGUAAUGCUACAUCUACGAAGGUUU